AACCUGAAAACCCAUACAAGUUUAAUUCUUGUUGUUGCUGGGGGUCGAAAAGAAAGAGCAGUAAAAUCGGUGUUACUCAGGUAUUUUGUGUUCCAGCGGUCUAUUCCAGUUAACACUUUGAAUGACACCCUAACAUAUCAAGAUAACAACAUCGAGCACUUCCACAAUGGACGACGAUCCCGAGAAACGUUCAAUUACCGCCCCGGAAACAGAUCGUGAAGAACAUGAAGACUAUCAAGUAUCGAAUGGGGGUCGAACCCAUGCUGGUGACGGUGGUCAAGUCACCCGGGAGAAAAUGCUCACCACUCUUAUCAUCUGUUUCUGUAAUUUGAUCAAUUUUAUGGACCGCUAUUCGUUACCAGGGAUUUUACCCAUGGUUAUUGAUGAAUUGAAGUUGAGCAAUUUUCAAGGAGGUAUAUUGCAAUCGGCUUUCGUUGUUAGUUAUGUGGUUGUCGCUCCGCUCGUCGGCUACUUGGGCGACAGAUAUUCCCGCAGAGCCAUUAUGGGUUGCGGUUUAUUAGUGUGGAGUAUUGUGACGAUGGCUGGGUCUUUUAUGACCACUUUUGAAACACUUCUUAUUUUCCGCUGUCUAGGAGGAAUUGGAGAGGCUAGUUAUUCUGCCAUUGGGCCAGCCGUCAUCGGCGAUCUUUUCGUCGGAAACACCCGUUCAAAAAUGCUGGCAUUAUUUUACUUCACUACUUUAAUCGGCGGUGGUCUAGGGUUCAUUACUGGAUCUGGCAUGGCCGCCGCAACGGGUUCCUGGAAUUGGGGAUUACGUGUGACACCUAUUUUAUCGAUGGUUUCCGUCCUUUUGAUCGCCUUUGCAAUGAGAGAUCCACCUCGAGGACUAAGCGAAGGCUCUCGCCUUGUCAGCACUUCGUGGCAGAAAGACAUUGUUUACCUAGUUAAAAAUCCGAGUUUGAUGCUUUCGACAAUCGCGUCGAUUGCUGUCACUUUUACAGUAGGGGCUAUCGCAGCCUGGGGACCUCAGUAUGUCUUCCUUGGACGUCAAAUCAUUAACGACACCUCACUGUCUUUCGACGACAUUUCGUUAGUAUUCGGCAUUGUCACCAUUGCUUCCGGCCUUUUGGGAGUGGUCUGUGGAUCAGUGAUGGGCCAAAAACUGCGCGUUCAGUUCCCCUCUGCCGAUGCAAUUAUCUGCGGAGUGGGAAUGAUUUGCAGCGCGCCUUUUUUCUACGGACUUUUGGUCCUCUCUUUGGGACCUAUUUAUGUCAUUUACAUCCUUGCCUUCCUGGCUCUCUGGUUUAUUAACCUCAAUUGGGCACUCGUUGGUGACAUCUUACUCUACGUGAUAAUUCCAACUAGAAGAGCCACAGCAGCUGCAUUCCAGAUUCUAGUCUGCCAUAUAUUUGGUGACGCCAGCAGUCCCUUCAUCGUUGGGCUGAUUUCCGAUGCCGUGAAGCCUACCAUCGAUUCUGAUUCGGAGACUUUCCGCAACUUCAAGUCGCUCGAAUAUGGACUGUUCGCCAUACUUUUUAUUGAAGUCCUCGGCGGAUUCUUCUUUCUCGCCUGUUCGUGGUUCCUGGUGUCGGAUCGAGCCAAGGCCACCAAAGCUGUUGCCGUCAGCAUACCAGAUCAAUCUAUCCUGUAUGACAAGAACAAACCCAGCCAAGUUCACGUAUUCGUUCCUGCCAGUGAUCCCGCUGCGUCCGCUUCCGGACUCACCAUGAUGAUCAAGAGAUCUUCCCAGCCGAUGGAUGAAGUUAACCUGGAAAACGCCUAAAAAUAACAAAAGAUGGGGGGACAUUUCCGUCCAGUUCUUUGUUAUUCUGUUUAUCUCUAGAAGAUCUGACAACCUUUUUUUUAAAUAUUUUUUUAAUUAUUAUUCCAUUUUAGAGAAAAGACUUUGGUAGCUGAUUUUGAUGGCCAAAAUGCUCAACUUUUAGAAUAUACAUUUUUUUUUU